UUGUUUUUUAACCUUCUUGUGGUGUCCGAGAGUGGGAGAGUUUUACAGCAUCCAGUCACCUCUGUAGCAGUAGCUGCCCCUUUCUUCCUUCCUUUCUUGGCCACUUCUGAGCUAUGCACGCCCACCAACCUCUCGAUGAAGAUUGAAGCUGACUGUGAGGAGAAGUAUAUAUCGAUCGUGCGUACCUUCGUCGCUGAACAUGAAAUCAACAGCUAGAACCUUUUCGAGUUGUUUGGUAGCUAGUGAUCAUCAGAUCGACUGUUUGAUCUCUCCUUCCUGCAGUGCGAAAUUUUGGGAGCAAAUGAUUUGGUCUUUGUGGUAACUGGUGCGGGCAUGGAGGGAGCAGAGGAAGGAGGACAAAAGUUAAUCCGGCUCUGAUCACUGAGCGAGUGUGGGAAGGAGAGGACGGUGGAAGGUCGCUGUAAGAAAUCACAUUUCCCUGUCCACGCCUCUACUAAAACUCUUGCACCUCCUUUCCCAACUCCCAACUCUCCUUCCUCUCCCCUUCUCCAUGGCCAUGCAUACUAAUUGAGUGCAUUAUAAGUUGACGCUUGCUCUGUUUUUUCUUCAAGAAAAGUUCCAACCAUCUUCGUAUCUUCUUAUGCAAGCCACUGGUGAUAUCGUGCACUCAACCAAAGAUGUUUCUGAGCCUGGUUUCGUAACGAGAAGCUUGGAAAAUUCUCUUUACUGUUGUCUGCUUCCUGUCUGAUGGGGACGACGAGAAAUUAAACGCCAUUGAAAAGAUUGCUUUUUUGCACCAGAAGUGGCCGGGAGUUAGCGUCGAGAGGAUUCCGACCGUAAAGAUCGGAUUUUGACGGCAAUGGCCGACGCUCGAGUGUCCUAUGUGCUGGAGAGCAGCACCAAUUCGGUCGCGUCCUCUUCCCUCUACUCUCCUUCGGAGCAGACGGCGGCCGGAAGUGGUGGCCGCAUCGGAAAGAAGCGGGGGCGUGAUGGGAGCAAGCGCCCGGCGUAUCGCGGCGUCCGGAUGCGGGCAUGGGGGAAGUGGGUGUCGGAGAUCCGGGAACCGCGGAAGAAGUCGCGCAUCUGGCUGGGCACGUUCCAGACUCCGGAGAUGGCGGCACGUGCGCACGACGUGGCCGCACUCAGCAUCAAGGGCACCGCCGCAGUGCUCAACUUCCCAGACCUCGCCGCCUCGUUCCCCCGCCCGGCUACCCUCUCCCCGCGAGACGUCCAGGCCGCGGCCGCCAAGGCCGCGGCCAUGGUCCCCGCUCCGCCCCCCGAGUUUCUCGAGGACCCCACCGCAUCCGACGAGCUAGGCGAGAUCGUGGAGUUGCCGCCGCUCAGUGAGUCCCUCCUCGACUCGGCCGAUUCAGGGAGCGAGUUCCUGUACCACGAGGCGUUGCCGGCCGAGUCGUGGUUGCCGUGGGCGGAAACCGGGUUCGGCCUCGAACCGGAUGAGGUUUGGGCCGCUUGCGAUUCGACCGGGUUUGAAACUUUUUUGUGGCACUAUUAAAUCUCAAAUCCCCCCUUUUUGUGCGUGUUUUCAUGAAUUUCAUCAAAGUAUUUUGUUGUGUAAAAUCAACUUUGUACAUUGCUUGA